AUGAACUUUUACGUCGCCUCGCGCAGCUUCGCCGCAUGGUCUGCCGCUGGUGCGUCUUCCAGGGCAGCAGGCGCAGAAGCUUCCGAGGCAGCGACUGCUAUCUCUGGGUCGGAAUCACUUCCCAAAAGCAAGACUCUAAUAGCGGUGCAAGCGGAGUUUAAAACGCGUACAGUGAAGGACGAGGAGUGGGGGGAUGGGAGAGGAGGGCGGAGGAGGAUCAGGAAAGUGGAAGGGGGAGAAAAGGGAGGUGGGAAUGAGAGGGUUGAGAGGGUAGUAGCUGGGAAUGCAGCGGGGAAGAGUGAGGGAGGCAUGAGGAAGAGACACGGGAGGAAAGGCUGCAAGGAGGAGGAGAAGGAGGAGGAGGCAGUGGCAGUGAUUGCUGGAGUGCUGAGGAAGAGAUUCGGGCCUCAGAUUGUGAGAGAGGAGUGGGAGGAGUGGGAGAGUGAUAUAACUAGCAGUGGGGACAGAUUGGUCAGAGGAACAGUGAAAGAGGCGGAAGAGGAAGAUGGGGGAAAUGAGGAGGAGGAGGAAGAGGAGGAGGAAGAGGAGGAGGAGGGGGGUGUAGAAGGAUUUGGGGAGGAAGAAGAAGGAGCAGGAGCGAGUGACGAGGAUGCACCCGGGGCCACAUCUCCUCUCACACCCCCUCCAUCUCCAGCCAAGAGCCGGCGGGUCGUAUCUCCCUCCUCCCUCCUCUCCCUCUACCGCUUCUUCUCCUCCCACCUCGGCAUCUCCUCGCCUUCCACUGUCGCUUCCCUCCUCACCUAUAAGCCCCAACUCCUCCGCUCCAAUCCCACCAAUGACUUCCUGCCACGUGUCCAUCUCCUUCAAUCAUACGGCAUUUCCAAUGCUGACAUCGUGCACAUGACUCUGAGAAAUCCAGCCUGGCUCCGAUCCUCCCUGCCACGGAUUCAGAGUGUGCUUGAGUUUCUCUUGGCUAAAGGCAUCCGCCAAAGCAGAUUGGGCUCGGUGCUUUUGUACGGAUGGGGCUUACUCUGCUAUGAGGCUCAUUCAACGAACCUGGACAUUCUGGUGGAGAAGGCAGGGGUUCCUGUGGACAAGCUGGGUGUGAUUAUAGAGAGAUGGCCGGCCAUCUUGACUCGGAGUGAAGAGACGGUGAAAAUGCAGCUUGAGAUGCUAUCAGCCUAUCUCUACGCGGGAUCUGGAAGGAAGGUAGAAGCGGAUACUUCCAGCACAAGCUCCCUGAAGCAGCGACUACAUGAGCCGCAUCUGGACAAGAGCCACCUUAGCAAGCUUAUCCUGAACUGUCCAUUCAUUCUCUCAAAAUCUCCCUAUCGCAUUGCAGAGAAUAUCGCCAUUCUGCAGUCCUUCACUCCCCCAGGCACCCCCUCCGUUGCGAGCUCUGUGCUUCGUCGCGCCCCGAGCAUUCUUGGUUACAGCAAAGAAACUCUCUUGGCUAAGCUCCAAUUCUUUGGGGAGCUGGUGGGGGAGGAAGGGGCAGGAAGAGUGGCGGGGAUUUACCCAGGGGUUCUGCUACUAUCGAGGGAGAAUCUGCAAGGGGUUGUGGCUGCUACAGCUGCUUCUGCUACAGCUGUCGCAGCCCUGCCUCUGCUGGACCUGCUACAGCUGUUUCUGUGGGUGGCGGUGUCACUGUCUGUAGCGGAGGAGCUGCUGUUCAGAGGGCUGCUGCUCACGGCCCUACAAGAGAAGCUCGGCAGGAUGGGCGCUGCCAUGCUCUCUGCAGCUCUCUUCGGCCUCCUCCACCUCUCCCUCUCCCUCCUCUUCCCCAGCAUGGCCCUUGGGAUUGCCGCAGGGCUAUGGCUGUGUUGGAGACAGGAAGGCUGUUUCGACGAGAGCUGGAGAGGAGAGGAGCCAGCUGGGUUCUGUGCGCCUCGAAAGACGUUUUCAUCCCACGGCCGAAGCUUCGUGGCGUGGUCCGCGGCUGCUGCGUCUUCCAGACCAGCAGAUGCAGAAGCGUCCGAGGCGGAGACUGCAUUUUCUGGGUCAAAAUCACCUCCCAGAAGCAGGCCUCUAGUAGCAGUGCAAGCGGAGCUUAAAACGUGUACAGUGAAGGACGAGGAGAGGGUGGAUAGGGGAGGAGGUCAGAGGAGCAUCAGGAAAUUGGAAGGGGGAGAAAAGGGAGGUGGGGAUGAGAGGGUUGAGAGGGUAGUAGCCGGGAAUGCAGCGGGGAAGAGUGAGGGAGGCAAGGGGAAGAGUGAGGGAGGCAGGAGGAAGAGCUACGGGACGAAAGGCUGCAAGGAGGAGGAGGAGGCAGUGGCAGUGAUUGCUGAAGUAGAAGCAGUUAGUAGCAGCACAGGCCUCCUGCAGCAGCAACAAGAUGAGCCGCAUCUGGACACAAGCCACCUAAGCAGGCUUAUCGUUAACUGUCCUGCCAUCGUCACUCUUCAUCCCUAUCACAUCGCAGAGAAUAUCGCCAUUCUCCAGUCCUUCACUCCCCCAGGCACCCCCUCCAUUGCGAGCUCUGUGCUUCAUCGUGCCCCCAACAUCCUCGGGUUUAGCAAAGAAGCUCUUUUAGCUAAGCUCCAGUUCUUUGUGGAGCUGGUGGGGGAGGAGGCAACAGGAAGAGUGGCAAGGAGUUACUCGCAGGUUCUGAAACUAUCGAAGAAGAAUGUGCAUGGCAAGGUGGCGGUAUUGGCUGAUUUGAUUGGCCGAGAGAAUGCUCGGCAGCAGCAGCAGCAGCAGCAGCAGCAGCAGCAGCAGCAGCAGCAGCAGCAGCAGCAGCAGCAGCAGCAGCAGCAGCAGCAGCAGCAGCAGCAGCAGCAGCAGCAGCAGCAGCAGCAGCAGCAGGAGGAGGAGCAGCAGCAGCAGCAGCAGCAGCAGCAGCAGCAGCAGCAGCAGCAGCAGCAGCAGGAGCAGGAGGAGCAGCAGCAGGAGGAGCAGCAGCAGGAGGAGCAGCAGCAGGAGGAGCAUGAGCAGCAGGAGGAGGCGGAGGGGAUAGCAUGA